AUUACUCUCUCUCCUCUCCCCUGCUUUUAUUCUCUCUCUUUCUCUCUCGACUCUUGAGCUUUUUUAUUCUCUCUCUCUCUCUGAAAUCUCUCUCUUUUCUCUCUUCCAGCUGUGUCAUUUCUGUAUCCAUCCACCAAAGGGUAAAACCAAAAACCCCACUUCUCUUAUGUUACUCUUCACAACAAAACACUGCAAAAACACUCCACUUUUCUAAACCUCAGAACAGAGCAAACAUUGAAGACCCUUCAUCAAACACUUCUACUCAUAAUCAUUGAGGAGGACCGUGUUUGGUGUUAGAACAACAUUUAAAAGCAUUUAUAAUUUUUCUGUCUGUUUUCUUCAAAUUUACGUUUCACUAUGACCACUUGACCACAUUCAAAUUCACCUUCAAUUUCUCCUCAUCAUUUUUCUCAAGAUGGAAUCAAUGAAACCUUCAGCAGUGACACCAAGCAAGAAAUUAGCUAGGAAUUUUGCCAAAGUUCUUCACCUUAGAGCAUUUUUGAAGAAUGUUACUAUAUCUGAUACAAAUCCAAAGGAUGAAACAAACAUGGAAAAGACUACAAUAACUUGGUCUGAAUCAUUCAAAAAAGUUGAUGAAGAUGAAGAGAUUGAAGAACAAAGAGUUGCAACAGAAGCACUUCUUUCAAAGAUUUUUGCUAGCAUUUCAACGGUUAAAGGAGCAUAUGCUGAACUGCAACAUUUUCAGACACCUUUUGACCCUGAUGGAAUUGAAGCUUCUGAUAAGUUACUAGUUUCUGAGUUGAAGCAUUUAUCUGAGCUAAAACAAUGUUACUUGAAGAAACAAUUUGAUCCUUCACCAGAGAAAGCGAUACUCGCAGCUGAAUCUAAGGAGAUUAAGGGUGUCAUAAAAACCUACGAGAUUACCGCAAAGAAAUUGGAAUCACAGGUUAGGCUCAAAGAUUCAGAGAUUAUGUUUCUUAAAGAGAAAUUAGUGGAAGCUAAUGGUCAUAACAAGUUAAUUGAGAAGAGAUUGAAUCAAAGUGGAACAUUAUCAGUACUUGAUAAUGUUGUUCACUUAUCAGGGUUAAGUCCUAGCCAUUUUGCUACUGUUCUUCGUCACGCAGUUAGAUCGAUUCGAAACUUUGUGAGGUUAAUUGUUGAUGAAAUGAGAUCUGCAAAAUGGGAUAUUGAUGCUGCUGUUGAUGCUAUUGAACACAAUGUGGUUUAUAUGAUAGAAGAUCACAAGUGUUUCACAAUUGAAUCUUUUGUUUGCAAAGAAAUGUUUGAUGCAUUUCACUUUCCUAAUUUCAAUCUUCCAAAUGAGUCACUUCCUGAUGAUAGAAAAAAUCAACAAAAUUGGUUCUUUGAGAAGUUCAAUGAGUUGAAAUCAACGAAAGCUAAAGACUUUCUUGCUGAGAAACCCAAAUCAUCUUUUGCGAAAUUCUGCCGGAACAAGUAUUUGAGACUUGUUCAUCCGAAAAUGGAGUCAUCAUUUUUUGGUAACAUGAUUCAUAGGAACCUUUUGAGUGGUGGAGAGUUUCCAAAAAGUGAUUUUUUUGCAUCUUUUGCUGAAAUGGCUAAGAGGGUUUAUCUCUUGCAUUGUUUAGCCUUUUCUUUUGAGGUUCAAGCUGAAAUCUUUCAAGUGGGAAAAGGGUGUAGAUUUUCUGAUGUGUACAUGGAAAGUGUGAAUGAUGAAAUGUUUGUGUUUUCAGACAAGACAGUUGUUGAAUCAGAAGAAGAACCAGUUGUUGGUUUUACUGUUGUUCCUGGUUUUAGGAUUGGUAAAACUGUUUUACAGUGUCAAGUUUACCUCAUGCAGAAGAAUCAAAUCAAGGUGAAAGGAUCUCGAUUGCGUGCUAGUCCGAUUUCACGCAGGAGUUAAUCUCGGUCAUUGAUAUAAGAUCAGACGGUUCAAAUCACAAUGUCAGUUUUACUUAGUGAAACAAUCUUAGCCGUCUAAGUCAGACUGUAACCGCAUCACGCGGUUACAAUCUGGUAACCAUUUCAAGGUGAAAAAAGUUCAAUUUUCUAUAAGCAAAUGUAAAAGGAGAUUUGUGGUCAGGUAAUGUGCCCCACAACACAAGGGAAGGACAUGGCAUGGACUGAACUUUUGCUAGGGUUGAUAGGGCAUUUUUGUCCUUUUGUGUUUUGGCUAUUUUAGAAAAAAAGAAAGAAAAAAAGCUAGUGGACCAUAGCAUUGGGAACAACCUUUUUCUUUUAGAAUCUUUUUUUGUUUUUUGUUUUAAUUUAUGCAGAAUUAUUUAUCAAAAACAUCCCCCCAAAAUUGUAUUGAUAUUAGGCCGGUGACGGGUGGUCUAGCUGUUAUGCAUCUUUACCAGACAUUGCAUGAUAUAAUAUGUAUAUAAUGAAUCAUAUAUAAUAUAGUUAGGAAUUUUAUAAUC